AUGUCUACCAGUCCGCCUCGAAACUCGGAGCCGCCUGCGCAAUCGGACGACUCGGCGCCUCCUUCUUCAACUCCAUCUCCGCCACCGAGCUCAACGCCAGAGCCGCCGCCAUCAUCAACGGCACCACCACCUCCUCCUUCGUCAUCGACAACUCCGCCGUCUAAUCCGCCGUCCAGUCCCCCGUCCUCGUCUGAGCCGCCAUCUGAACCUCCAUCGAGUUCCACCACUCCUCCUCCGCCGCCUACUUCAUCGUCAUCGACAGAGCCCCCGACUACCUCCACGGAACCACCUUCAUCUACGUCGAGUUCAUCCUCGACAAGCUCGACGACCUCUUCUUCUUCUACGACAACAACGGAACAAAGCACGACCAGCUCUGAGUCUACAACAGCACCUCCUUCAAGUACUACUUCCAGUUCAUCGUCGACGACAACUGAUGACACUACCACUGAUAGCAGCAGCGGUCUUGAUUCAAAGGCCAAGGUGGCUAUUGGUGUCGUUGUUCCCAUCGUCGCCAUUGCCAUCUUAGCUGUCAUUGGACUUUUCCUGUGGAAGAAGCGUCGUGCGCGCCGGGAGGCAGAGGCCGAGCGACGAAAGGAGGUUGAGGACUAUGCUUACAACCCCAAUGCCGAUCCCACCAUUCCAGUAGUUGGCAUGACCGGAGGAGAUGCGUAUGAGAUGAGGGAGGAGGGAUCUGUUGGCUACCGAGGCUGGGGAUCAACCCCCCAUGGCGGCUCAACAGGCCGAAAGGCUUCGACUACGAUUUCUGGUGCCACCGGCGGCUAUUCUGACAUUUCGCCUCCCCGUGGUGGCAACAUGUCUGAAGCGGCAUUGAUUGAUGGUCCCGAAGGAGAGAUUUUAGGCGCCAUGGGGCCGUCGGCGGCAAACAACCGCGGCGAUGUUCGACGAGGAGCUUCCAACGCAUCUUCUUCGUACAGCGCGACCGGCCGAUCAGAUGGCUCUGACGCGGGCGCGGGCAUGGCCUAUAGCACCGGUGGCGGCUACUAUGAUCAAUAUGGCCAGAGCCCCUAUGACACCGGCUACGGCAAUGGAGCCAGCGAGAUGCCUGCUCCUCCCAUCAUCCGUGACAAUCCCGCUCGGCGCAGCACGCGCGUUGAAAGUCCUGGUCACUUCCCUCAGCAGAGCGCUGGCAUUUCCCAGAACUUCUAA